CAGGCGGGGGCUCCGGAGCCACCGGGUCUCUUCUGCCCUGAUCCCGGGGGCGGGGGCCCCUUCCCCCAGGCCUACCCCCCUCCAAAACCGGUCCGGACGGAGGCAAGCGAGUUCCCGGGUGCAGCUGACUCAGAGCAACCCCAUCUGGGAGGCUGAGCGCUCUCCGGAAGCGGCGUCGGGAAAAUGGGCGACUGGGGCUUCCUGGAGAAGCUCCUGGACCAGGUGCAGGAGCACUCGACGGUCAUUGGCAAGAUCUGGCUGACCGUCCUCUUCAUCUUCCGUAUCCUCAUCCUGGGCCUGGCAGGCGAGUCGGUCUGGGGGGACGAGCAGUCGGACUUCGAGUGCAACACAGCCCAGCCAGGCUGCACCAACGUCUGCUAUGACAAGGCCUUCCCCAUCUCCCACAUCCGCUACUGGGUCCUCCAGUUCCUGUUCGUCAGCACGCCCACCCUGGUCUACCUCGGCCACGUCAUCUACCUGUCCCGUCGGGAGGAGAAGCUGAAGCAGAAGGAGAAUGAGCUGAGGGCCCUGCAGCUCAAAGACCUGCAGGUGGAGAGCGCCUUGGCCGUGCUGGAGAAGAAGCUCGCCAAGAUCUCCAUGGCUGAGGACGGGCGGGUGAAGAUCCAAGGGGCUCUCAUGGGCACCUAUGUCACCAGCGUCAUCUGCAAGAGCAUCCUGGAGGCCGGCUUCCUCUUCGGCCAGUGGUACCUGUACGGUCUGACCAUGGUGCCCAGGUUCGUGUGCGAGCGGGACCCCUGCCCCCACAAGGUGGACUGCUUUCUCUCCCGCCCCACCGAGAAAACCAUCUUCAUCCUCUUCAUGUGGGUCGUGGGCAUCAUCUCCUUGCUGCUCAACCUCCUGGAGCUCUUCCACCUGUGCUGCAGGAAGCUGGUCCAGAGAGCAAAGAGGAGGACCGAAGAGGGGGAGACUGUCUAUGACCCAGCCCUUAGGGAGGCCCCACCUGGGGACUCCUAUGCCCACCACCAGGAGAAGACCUUUUUCUACCUCCCCAUGGUGGAGAACCCCUCCUCCCCGCCCUACCCCACCUACAACAAGCUGUCCUCCAGCGAGCAGAAUUGGGCCAACUUCACCACCGAGGAGAGCCUGGCACUGCAAAAGAGGAACAGGCUAGAAGGGCCUGGCCCCCAGCCGCAUGUCCCCCUCCUGCCAACCCAUCACCACCCGGUGGAGAAGCAGCCCAGCCGGCCUGGGAGCUCCGCGUCCAAAAAACAGUAUGUGUGAAGAGUCGAGGGUGGGGGGUAGGGGGGAUGUCCAGUGAGAACCUGCAGUGACUCCCCCACCCCACUUGCUCUUCAGGAGCAGUGGAGGGUCAGGGGGAGUCUGCACUGCUGGGCAUAGCUCGGACCGCACAUGGCAGGGGUGAGAUUUCUCCCUGUCUACUACAGAGCCGGCUCAGCCCAUCUGGGAUGGGUGGAGGGGAGAGAGCACGGACUCCCACCAUCCCCUCCCCCACCUCCACACCCAGCAGCUGACCACCCCCAGACUAAGCCCCAGUGGCUGCCAGACUUCAAACUCCUGAACGUGGGACUUUGGAAAAAACGGACUGUUCUGCCUAUGCUUCCCCAGCCAGUUUUCCCAGGAGACUUGGCCUGUGCCAGCGCCGGCCCGGGCCUCCUGCUCUCCAUGGCGCCACCCAGACCUAACAAGGUCCCUUGGAAUGCCCCUCCUUAUUCCAAGAGCAGACAGAAAUUCCUCCCUUGCCUUUGGGCCAGCCGUGGACUUCCCUGCCCUUCCCCAGUUUCUGUAUGUAUUGGGAUCCCUGGCCUGGUGGGAGGGGCACAGGGGCAUCUGGAUUCAGUUGGGAAGAUUUCUGAUCCCCAAAAUCUUCAGCCCCUUUACUCCCUCAGCACCCUCCUCCACCCUGCUUAAUUUAUUAAAGCAUGGGGGGAAUACAGGACCCUGAUGCUGGAAACAGGCCUGGCCCAUGCAGCCUGGUUGCUGUCUUCCCAGGUCCCCAAACUGUGAAACCCCAGGUCUGUCUCAUCUCUUGACUAUUCCCAUCAGUGGAGGGGAUGGAGGGUAUAUGUAUAUAUAUUUUUUAUUAAGUAUUCAUUUGGGAUUCUGGCAAACUAGGGCGGCUCACGAAGCUGUUGAUUU